AUGAAGCUGAACACGCACGGAAAGGCGCCGGUGUACACAAUCGCCGGUGCAUCGACUGCACGGCCGCUACCCGAAUGGCUCGCGCGCAAGAGGAAGCGCAGUCUGAAGAAGGACGCCGAGUAUGCGAAUCGCGUGGAGCUGCUGCAGGACUUCGGGUUUGAGGAGGCCAGCCAGUGCGUGCGCGUCAGUGAAGACGGCGAGUGGGUGAUGAGCACCGGCACAUACAAGCCGCAGAUCCACGUCCAUUACCUGCCGCAUCUAUCGCUGUCCUACGCCCGCCACACCAACACCGUCAAUGAGACAUUCAUCAUCCUUUCGUCAGACUACAGCAAAUCGCUCCAUCUGCAGACAGACCGAUUCUUGGAGUUCCACACACCAGCCGGCUUGCACUACACCACCCGAAUACCCCGAUAUGGACGAGAUCUCAAGUACAACCGUCGCACGGCGGAGGCACUGGUACCUGCUGUGGGAGUCAAUGCGGAUGGCAACGGCGAGGUGUUCCGCUUGAACCUGGACGUGGGACGCUUUAUGAAAGGCUACGAGGUGGACGUUGGGGGCGAUGACAUGGACACAUUCGGCGGUGGCGCAUUGCAAGGAGGCAUCAACACCGGUUCAGUCAACUGUGCAGCUAUCGCCGAAGAAAGUCAUGGACUGCUGGCCUUUGGCACUUCGCUCGGAACUGUGGAGUGCUGGGACUCUCGUUCCCGAAACCGCGUCGCAGUACUCACAUCGCCACGCUCAGCUGCGGAUCUCGACAUUGACGCACGGCCCGAAAUAACCGCAUUGGCUUUCGAUCGCGAGGGACUGGACUUGGCUACCGGCAGUAGCAACGGGAUAGUACGCACAUACGACAUUCGCCAACAAGCAUCCGUCUGGGACAAGCAACAGGGCUACGACUAUGCCAUACAAACGCUCUCGUAUCUCAACCCGCCAUAUGGCGACUCAACUAAGCUGUUGAGUGCGGACAAGAAGGGCAUCAAGAUCUGGGAAGCUGAAUCUGGCGAGUACUGGACUGGCGUAGAACCGGCGGUAGACCUGAACCACGUCGAGUGGGUACCUGACAGUGGCAUGCUACUUACCGCAAAUGAGGGCAGACAACAACAUUCCUUCUUCAUCCCACAGCUUGGUCCGGCGCCGAAGUGGUGCGCAUUUCUGGAUAAUCUGGUCGAUGAGAUGGCGGAAGAUCCGGACGAUCCGAACGCUUUCAAGACAUCGGGCACCGCUGCCGGUGAGGUGUACGACAACUACAAAUUCCUGGACACCAAGCAGCUGCGCGAUCUCAGCUUGGAUCACUUGAUCGGCACUACGAACUUGCUCAGACCGUACAUGCAUGGUUACUUUGUCGAUCAGAAACUGUACGAGCAGGCACGACUUCUGACAAAUCCCGAUAUUGCAGAGCAACAGCGACAGAAGAGCAUCCAGGAGAAGAUCAACAAAGAGAGAGAAAGCCGGAUCCGAGGGACCAAGAAAGUUGCAGUCAAGGUCAAUCGAAAGUAUGCCGAGAAGCUGGCAGCACAAGAAGAGGCCAACGAGAAGAGGAAAGCACAGCGUGUAUUGCGACAAGGUGGAGACGAGCCCGCACAGAAGAAAGUGCGAAGCGAAGCAGAUGCGGACGAUGUACAGGAAGAGGAGCCCAAGGGCCUGGUCGAUGAUCGUUUCAAGGCGCUCUUCGAGAGCGAAGACUUCGAGAUCGACGAGACGAGUCGCGAGUUCGCCAUGCACAAUGCAUCGACUGCGCCUUCAGCUCCCGGCAAGAAGACCGGUCUUACUGCCGUGGAGGAGGAAGAACUGGACGAUUCGCGUGCUCGCAGUUCUGACCAUCAGGAUGAUGAUGAGUCGGAAGCUGAAGCUCCAGUGCCCCGGAGGAAGCCAGAUGAGCUUGCAGAUUCGAAGGGUCGCAUCGGUUCGACCUCAUACAAGAAAUCUGGCAAGCGGUCUCAGGAACAGCGGCAAGGGCCCACGAUGCAAGUUUCCUCAUCAAAUCGGGCCAAGUCACGGCCUCAAGAUCGACGCAACAAGUCGUUUGGCGAUCUUGCUGCCACCAAUUUGCCUGCUCGAGAGAAGAAAGCCACCGUAUCGUUUGGUGACGAAAGGCCGUUUGGUGAGAAAGAAGUCACGUUCGCACCGUCCAAACCACAGAAGAAAAGUCAUCGACAGCAGCAGGCAUCGGCGGAUGAUGGCCGAAAGAUCAGUCGGGGCAAAGAGAGACGAAGUGCGAGCGGUAAUGUGUUCAGACGGAUGUGA